CCCUAAGAUCCGCCCCAGACGCACCGCCCCGCCUCGCGCCGGUGCUGCUGCUGCGACCCGCCCCCUUCACUCGCCCCCGGGCCGGGCGGGGGCUCCGGGUUCCUGUGCCCCUAGCUACCCGUCCGGCACCCUAGCCACCGCUGCUUGGGGCUUCCUGCUCAAGAUCCCUCCAAGCGCUGCGGAUGGAGGCAUGGGGGAGCCUUGCAACCUCAUAGUCUAGUUUGAGUCCCAGCUCUGCCAGUUACUAGCCUGUGGCUUUGAUUUGAAACAGGUCCAGGAUGGUUAGGUGACUUGUCCAAGUCACACACCUAAAAGGGAAGCCAGGCACAAAGCCAAGAAGUGGAACCAACUAUCCUUUCUGUACCAGCUCAUCGUCCCUUCCUGGGGUUUGACAAGAUGUACCAGGUCCCACUGACGCUGGACCGGGAUGGGACCCUAGUCCGACUCCGUUUCACCAUGGUGGCCCUAAUCACGGUCUGCUGUCCGCUUGUCGCCUUUCUCUUCUGCAUCCUUUGGUCCCUUUUCUUCCACUUCAAGGAGACGACGUCUACACACUGUGGGGUCCCUUGCCUUGCUUGGACCACUCCUUACAGGAUGUUCUCUGCACCCUUGGACCCCGAUGGGACCGUGUUCCGGCUCUGCUUCACAGCUUUUGUCUGGUGGGUCAUCACUUUCCCCCUGUUCGGCUUCUUCUUCUGCAUCAUCUGGUCUCUGGUGUUCCACUUUGAGUACACGGUGGCCACUGACUGUGGGGUGCCCAAUUACCUGCCAUCAGUGAGCUCCGCCAUUGGUGGGGAGGUUCCCCAGCGCUACGUGUGGCGCUUCUGCAUUGGUCUGCACUCGGCACCCCGCUUCUUGGUGGCCUUCGCCUAUUGGAACCACUACCUCAGCUGUGCAUCUCCGUGUCCGGGUUACCGCCUUCUCUGCCGCCUCAACUUCAGUCUCAACGUGGUGGAGAACCUCGCGCUGCUCGUGCUCACCUACGUCUCUUCCUCCGAGGACUUCACCAUCCACGAAAAUGCUUUCAUUGUGUUUAUCGCGGCAUCUCUCAGUUACAUGCUCCUCACCUGCAUUCUCUGGCGGCUGACCAAGAAGCACACAGUAAGUCAGGAGGAUCGCAAGUCCUACAGCUGGAAGCAGCGGCUCUUCAUCAUCAACUUCAUCUCCUUCUUCUCGGCGCUGGCUGUCUACUUCAGGCACAACAUGUACUGUGAGGCUGGAGUGUAUACCAUCUUUGCCAUCCUGGAGUACACCGUUGUCCUAACCAACAUGGCGUUCCACAUGACAGCCUGGUGGGACUUCGGGAACAAAGAGCUGCUAAUAACCUCUCAGCCCGAGGAAAAGAGAUUCUAAACCCUUCUCUGAUGCUGGGAAGAGAACCCACUGCCCAGAAACACGAAGCCACUCUGGCCUCCCUAUGCCCAUGUCCUCUCUGGACCCUUCUGAGCUGGGGCUGGGGAGAAGAGCAAGAGCAGGAUUGACAAGGCUGACUCAGCCCAUAGGGGUUGUCAAGUGACAUCACCAUAAACUGAAAGCUCCACCACCUGGUGCUUAAAAAAAAAAGUCCUGAGGAUCAUGACCAUUAUUCAGUUUUUGACCUUUACACAGACCUGAGGUUAGGAACCACUGAGCAGUCAGUCACAGCCGUCUCUCUAGGGGUCCUUCCCAUCAGCCUCACUGUGUCCCUGUGUAUGACUGGGGCGAAGGCUGUGUUGGCAUCUCUGAGGCCGUCUGAUGGCAGUAGAGCCCUGUACUUGACAAAUGACUCGUCCUAGAAGCAUCAAUCAUAUUUUCCUCCCCGUCUAAACCACUGGCUUUUUGGGCGCACUAAAAUAUGCCUAUAAGCGUAGCACCGUGGAGGCUAAGACUGGUGAACUGCUUCAAGAUCCAUGCCAAUCUGGGCUACAGUGAGACCUCAUCACAAAAAGGAAAUGUCAGGCGUGAUGGCACCCGCCUUUAGUCCCAGCACAGCAGGGGCAGGCUAUGAGCUCAAGGCCAGCCUGGUCUAUACAGUGAGUUUCAGGCCACUCAAAGACCCUGUCUCAGAAAACAAAAUAGCCCCUAAAAUCACAGGCUUAUAAGACCUUUUCCUCUGGCAAGGGGCAGGGGUCAGAGGUAGAAUUCCCUACUCCAGAAUGGGUUCCUUGUUUUUCCUUUAUUUUCUCUGCUGCUCCCCAGCCUUUAUUUGUAUAUUUUAUUUCACAGGACAAUAAAUUUUUUUCUUUUGCCAACAA